CUCCAGCUACGCGGUGGAAUCUGAUUGGCUGGGAGGAUUCCAUCACUUCCUCGAUGUACCGGAAAUGGGUCACUGAAAAUAGAAGUGACGGCUAGCUUUACCGCCGCACGAGAGGGAGAAUGGAUGCGUUAAAUAAACUUAAACAAUUUGACGCUUAUCCGAAAACUCUAGAGGACUUCAGGAUCAAAACAUGUGGAGGAGCCACGGUGACCAUCAUCAGUGGACUUAUCAUGUUGAUUCUGUUCUUCUCUGAGCUGCAGUAUUAUCUAACUAAGGAGGUCCAUCCUGAACUAUUCGUAGACACUUCCAGAGGAGACAAACUAAGGAUCAACAUUGAUGUUAUAUUUCCACAUAUGCCUUGUGCCUAUCUGAGCAUUGAUGCCAUGGAUGUAGCUGGGGAGCAGCAGCUAGACGUGGAGCAUAACUUGUUUAAACAGAGACUCGACAAAGAGGGCAAGCCAGUCACAACAGAGGCUGAAAAACACGAUUUGGGCAAAGAGGAGGAAGGGGUGUUUGACCCCAGUACCCUGGAUCCUGACCGCUGCGAGAGCUGUUAUGGAGCGGAGACUGACGAUUUAAAGUGUUGCAAUUCCUGUGAUGAUGUGCGGGAGGCGUAUCGGCGGCGGGGCUGGGCGUUUAAGACCCCUGACACCAUUGAGCAGUGUAAGAGAGAGGGCUUCAGCCAGAAGAUGCAGGAACAGAAGAAUGAGGGAUGUCAAGUCUAUGGCUUUCUGGAGGUCAAUAAGGUGGCAGGAAAUUUCCAUUUUGCCCCUGGAAAGAGCUUCCAGCAGUCUCAUGUACAUGUGCAUGCUGUGGAAAUUCAUGAUCUGCAGAGCUUUGGACUAGACAAUAUCAACAUGACGCAUUUCAUCAAACAUCUUUCAUUCGGCAAGGACUAUCCUGGAAUUGUCAACCCUUUAGAUGGUACUAAUGUAGCAGCACCUCAAGCAUCAAUGAUGUACCAGUAUUUUGUGAAAAUUGUGCCAACGAUAUACGUUAAAGGAGAUGGAGAGGUUGUUAAAACAAACCAGUUUUCAGUAACAAGACAUGAGAAAGUAGCUAAUGGGCUGAUUGGAGAUCAGGGUUUACCUGGUGUGUUUGUGCUUUAUGAGCUGUCUCCAAUGAUGGUCAAAUUCACAGAGAAGCAGAGGUCUUUCACCCAUUUUCUAACAGGAGUUUGUGCUAUUAUAGGAGGUGUUUUCACAGUUGCUGGACUCAUCGAUUCUUUGAUAUACCACUCAGCCAGAGCCAUACAGAAGAAGAUCGAGCUGGGUAAAGCAUCCUAGCAGCACAGGGACACUGUGUGCGUGACUGUGUCUGGAAACCUCUGUGUUUUUAAGGGAGGAUGCCACAAUGAAAGCCCCCAGACUGUUUCUUGUUGUGGCCACAGAGCAGUAUCCGUUGACACGGGCCCCUCGCAAACAAGCACGGGAACCGCACAAGGACCUGUGGCUAAGACACUGGCCGACUGUAUUUUGGAGGAUCACAUGGACUCGCUGGUGUCAGCAGUACGCCGAUGCAUCAGUUGUUUUCCUCUGCAAAUCAAAGCUUUCUUUCUGAGAUUUUGGCCUUUGAAUUAUUUGUCCUUUAUAAAUCGCUUCUUGGUUGAUUUAAUUGUAGUGUUACCUGAUCAAGAAACCAGUGUUUUCCUGCCCAUUAUACACUGUCAGAGUUUGGCAGACUAAACCAGCAGUUUUAACCGUCGUUUGAAUGAGUUUUGGUCCCUACAGAAGAAUCAGAAUCGGCAGCCUUUUUUGCCAAACUGGAAAAGACACAAGUGAUCUCAACAGGAACCCUGUUCUGUCAUCAAGCACACAAACUGCGUACAGAAACAGAGACUGCAGUCUGUACAGAUGUCUGAUGGGUUUUUUUUUUUUAACUCUAAAUUCAGGGGCUGGGGUGUGUGUUUGUAUGCGUGUGUGUGUGUGUGUUUGCAGAUGGGUGUUUGGUGGUAUGAGAGAGUGUUCGUCAUGUGUUGUUGCCGGUUUAUCUUGUGUGUGGGGAAAAUGUAUUUAUAUUUUGAUUGUCCAAAGCAGUUUUUAAAAUGAGAAAUAAAUGUAACACUGAACUUCA